GCUCUGAUAUUGAGUGGCGUGCCAGGAAGAAGACGGUCGCAGCAGUAUUCGAACUGAUUCUCGGUCCCAAAUUUGAUUCUAGAGUUCCGAAAUUUUGGGUAGAUGAUUUCUCGUUGUCGAGGAUCCGGAGACGAUAGAUGUUUUGUCUGUUACGUUUGAAGCCCUCAUCAGUGAUCAGUCGAGCAAUGUCCACAGGAUCGUCGGAGGACGUCCUCCUCCAACUCCGGAAUGGUAAAGGAAUCAUUACCAUGAACAGACCGAAAGCUUUGAAUGCUCUCUCGUUGCCGAUGAUCCGUGUGAUUGAGCCUGUGGUUCGGAAAUGGCAUAAGGAGGACCUGGCCAAACUCGUCUUGCUCAAAGCCUGUGAUGGCAAAGCUUUCUGUGCUGGUGGUGACGUGAAGGCAAUCGCGGCUGUGAAGGGGAACAACGAUGCGUUCUUCCGUGAGGAAUACGUUCUCGACUAUCUAUUGGCUAAGAUGAAACCUCCGUUGGUCCCUCUGAUCGACGGUAUCGUCAUGGGUGGAGGAUGUGGAAUAUCGUUCCAUAGCCCGUUCCAGGUCGUGAGCGAAAAAGCUCUCUUCGCGAUGCCAGAGACGGCGAUUGGACUUUUCCCGGACGUCGGCGGAUGUCACUUCUUGAGCCGUCUCGAACACAAUCUCGGAGUUUUCCUGGGAUUGACUGGAAACCGUCUACGUGGAGAGGAUCUUGUCCACGCUGGACUGGUCAGCCACUUCGCUCCAUCGACCAAAUUCCCCGAACUCGAAGAAGAAAUUCUAGCCCUCGAAGACUGCUCGCAAGAAUCGAUCGAGAAGAUUCUGGACAAAUAUCAACCGACCCUGGGCAAGUUCUCCCUAGAGCCCCAUCUGAGAGAAAUCGAGGAAUGCUUCUCGCCGGACACCGUGGAGGCGAUUUUCGAGAAGUUAAAAUCUCGCGGUGGCGAGUUUUGUGGGAAACAGCUAGAGCUGCUGAAUAAGAUGUCCCCACUCUCCCUGAAAGUGACUUUGAAAGCCAUACGAGAAGCUAAAUCCAUGGAUCUGAAACAAGUUCUCGAGAUGGAUAUGCGUCUAGGCAAAAGAUUCCUAGAUGAUCAUGAUUUCUACGAGGGCGUGAAUGCACUGCUGGUGAGGAAGUCGAACGACCCGAAAUGGAGGCCUGCCUCAUUGGAAGAAUGCACCCCGGAGCUUGUCGACAAGUACUUCCUGAAGCUUCCAGCAUCCGAAGAGCUCCAGCUCGUCGUUUAGUUGCGUCUGAUCUUUAAGGGGAUCUCUGUGAUCCUCGUGCUGUUACUCGUUGUGAAAGAGGAAAUCUUCACCUUAUGUACAAUGGAAAAUGCAUCGUCGGAGAACGGAAGUGUUAAUUAAAGUGAC